AGCUGUAGCUGCGGACUACGUGGGUUUGAACCCGGACUAAGUUUGGGACUCCGCGAGGAGUCCUGGGCAGGCUACUUGCGCCUCCAUGGAUGCGGCCGAGGUGGAGUUCCUGGCCGAGAAGGAGCUGGUGACCAUUAUCCCGAACUUCAGUCUGGACAAGAUCUACCUCAUUGGGGGUGAUCUGGGGCCCUUUAACCCUGGCUUACCAGUGCAAGUGCCUCUGUGGCUGGCGAUUAACCUGAAACAAAGACAGAAGUGUCGGUUGCUCCCCCCGGAGUGGAUGGAUGUGGAAAAGUUGGAGAAGAUUAGGGACCAUGAACGAAUGGAAGAAACCUUUACCCCUAUGCCCAGCCCUUACUACAUGGAGCUGACCAAACUCCUGUUGAAUCAUGCUUCAGACAACAUCCCCAAAGCAGAUGAGAUCCGCACCCUGAUCAAAGAUGUGUGGGACACUCGCAUAGCCAAACUCCGGGUGUCUGCGGACAGCUUCGUGAGGCAGCAGGAGGCGCAUGCCCAGCUGGAUAACUUGACCUUGAUGGAGAUCAACACCAGCGGGGCUUUCCUCACACAGGCGCUCAAUCACAUGUACAAACUCCGCACAAACCUGCAGCCUUCUGAAGGUGCCCAGUCUCAGGACUUCUAGAGAAGGACCUUGUUUAUAAAGGCCUUGUCUCUGCCGGCAGGGGUCUUGCUGAGAGUGAGUACUCAGGACACUCUAGAAGCACUCAUAGUUCUGGAUGUCUAGAAUCAUUUUUGAAUGUAAGAAAAACGUGUAAUGAAGCAAGGACUGGAUUCCUAACCUUGCUGGAAAGGAACAGGUUGCAUGUCAUCCUGGACAUAGUCUUGAAUCCCACAUCUGUCUCUAGAAGCCAGCUAUUCUUAGGGGCGGGGAGACAAAGCUUUGGCAAACAAGCUGUUCUCCCUAGCAGAGUCUCAGGUCUCCUGCCUGGGACUGCUGUGUGGGGGCAUGUUCAGUGACUUCACGUGUUGUUUUGAAGACAGGUACUCAGGUGGUUGUGUGGCCCUAGGACUUUUGUUUUCUUUCUUGAUACCCUGAACUUAGAGUGUAGAGAUUGCUCACACAGAGUAGGAUGGCAGGUGAGCAGCUUGCGAUGCCGACUGGUGUUGAUCUAAGCUUGGAUAGUAAAGAUGCAAUCAACCCAGUCUGUUGGUUUUCCCCCCUGCUUAACUACCAAGCAGAAGGAGCAAGCCAUGUGGCUAAAAUGAUCUAAUAGACCAAACUGAGGUGUGUAGCAGGCAAUCGUAAACGUCAAAUACACGGUCUCUUGUUCUCAUGGCUACUUCUGGCUAAGGUGUAAAGGGCUGCCUACCCAGGGAAGGGGAAAGUGGGGAUAAACUGACUCCGUGUUACUGAGUGUGUGAGUGAAGGUGAAGAUGCGCGAGGAAGCAAAGUGGGACCUGUAACGCUGCUCUUGAUGGGUUUCAGGGGAAGACUGUUGUAAGUAGCAGAAGUUCAAAUAAGAGUUUUUUUACUCUGAGAAAAAUUUAAUUGUAGCAUUUUGCAACUGCUAAAUUCUGCAUAGAAAUUACAUUACCUUGAGAGGGGGAAAGCUUGUCUAGAGCAGUGAUUUUUAACCUUUUUCAUCUCAUGGCCCAUAUAAACUAAUUACUAAAAUUCUGUGGCACACCAAAAAGUUUUGCCAAUCUGACAAAAAAAUAGAUGUAAUCUUUUUUUAUUCACACUGGAUGGCCAUUAUAAUUUUUUUUGACAAUCAAAGGGAAAAGCAGUGCCCUUGACGGAAUAGCCAGGUGUUGCAUGUUUUAAAAAUUCUUGUGGCGCACGGGUUGCAAAUCACUGGUCUGGAGUCAUACAGGGAGUGGAAGGUUCUGCAGCCUGCUGGUUUUCAACGGCAGCAUUGUUGCAAAGGAAGUAGCGUGUUCCUUCCAGGGCUUUUUGAAGAGUGUGCCUGCGUGAUCAACUAAGCCUGGAGACUCCCUGCUGGUAUCUGCCCUUCGGUGUUUCAAGUCCAAACUUACCACGUUACUCAAGCAGUUUCUCCAUUCCAAAUUGCUACCCAUCUAGGUGUCCCUUCCACAAGCAGCUGAUGGGUGUUUGAACACUGAAGGGCCAGACAUGAAGGGAUUAGGGCACGGAAGACCUUGUUUCUGUCAUUAAGGUGACCAUUCAGAGGGUUGGGUUGCUCUCAGAUGGCAGAAUUGCCUUUUCUUCUCAUUCUUAACUCAGCGUCCUUCAGAUUUCACCUGGGGAAUCUUCUAGAAUGAGACCCCAUUACUGCAGAGGGUCAGGAGUCGUGUGUGUCUCGGAUCUUGCCCCUUAAUACCUUUCUCUUAAAACCCGAGUUAUUGGUCGAAUCUGUCUUCACAUUUUUGCCUAUAAAGCUAUAUAGCUGUUGAGCUGUUUUUUCUUUUAGAUUUGGCCUUGUAUUUUAUGACAUAAAAAAGAUUUUCCUCUUAACAUGAUUUAGGAAGAUUUUAUUUUUUUGGAUGUUGUCAGAAAUUACAGCAAUAUAUUCAUAAAUACCUAAUUACUACAUUCAACAAAUAAUAUUACAAUACAAUUAAUUCAAACAAGUACACUUAGAACAGGUUUAAUUUCACAGCAUCUAAACUGCCCCCAGAGUGACCGAGGCACCGCUCCUCCUCCCUCCCGUGCGCUGGUUCACUGUUCUAGCGAUUAAGCACAGGGCACAUACACAGUAACACAACCGAUUAGCAUGGUCUUCCUCAGGCCAAGGCAGAGUUAAGGAGUUUAAGUUAAGUGCUGGAUCAAAAGGUUGGGGACAGGCUACUGCAAGCAGUAAGGAAGUCAACAGCUUGGUUACUUGAAAGAGUAUGGGGAUCGCUGCUAAAUGGCUAAUAUACACUUAUUUAAGAGAGUAACAGAAUCGGCUUGUGCUGACCAUCUCCAUCUUGUGGUGGGUCCUUGGAAUUUUCCACUCUUAAAAAAAACACAACUCAGGGAAAGGGAGUAUUCUUGAUGUAAUUUCUUGAGAUUUGGCAGCAUUGAGAAAAACCCAUCUCAUGUACAAACUUAAGGCUUCCUAUGUUAUAAUUCUGAAGUGUGGGCUCCUUUGAAGGAUGUUAAUGCCAAUUUAGUAUUUCCUUUGGAAUAUGUAGACUAAACUGCUGGAAAUCCCGUCUUGGUCACUUAUCUUAAAAAAUGGAUUAAAUCAUGUUGUUUUCUCA